AAAUUCCCAACCUGUCAAAACCUAAGCUCCCUCUUCACUCACUUCAUCUUUCUAUCUCUCGCUCUCUCUGAUCCCAAACCCUCACUCUCUAUCUCAUCUAAAUCCCUUUUCCUCUUCGUUUUCAGACUUAACGCCUGUGCUCCUCUCUCUUUCUCUCAUCUCAGCCUCCUUCUCUCAUGUAGGGCGUCAAGGAUCUGGCCAAAAUGACGCUGGUCAUGAAUGAGAGCUAUGCAGACCGAAGGCUUCCUCACCAUCGCAACCCCAAAGAGUUUGUUCCAUUGGACCAUUUGGCAGAUCUUGAGUGGUGUGAAGGAGAAUCUGGGUCAAAGUUUUCGAGCCCGGUCAAUGAAUCUAAUAGCCAGGAUUCAUCACUCAUUGCUUUGAAGCUAGGGAGGUUGGCUGAUAGCAAAAAUGGGCAGAAUGGUCAACAUUCUAAAGAGAGGUCUACAAGAGCUGGCAUUAAGGGUUCAUACUCUCACACUCCCACGCGGCAAGUCCUUGUUUGUAACAUGGAUCUUAGCUCCUCAAAGGAUUACCACAAGAGGCAUAUAGUUUGUGAUACUCACUCCAAGACUCCUAAAGCGAUUGUUAAUGGCAUUGAAGUUAAUGUGACUCCGUCAGAGGAGAAAACAGUUGAUGAAGAACCAUUGGUGUUUGCCAAUAAGCAGGCAAAAAAUGCAUUUACAGCACUUCUGGAAUCUGCAAAUGUUCACUCCGAUUGGACUUGGGAGCAGACAAUAGUGCGUUGAAAACUCUAGGUGAGAGGAAGCAAGCAUUUAAUGAGG